ACUGACAUGUUUUCCAACUAUGUGGGACCGCCUCUGUGCGGAGCUGGAACACCUAAAAGUGGGAAGUGAACGACCUCAAUCGACAGUGGUGUGCUCAAAGAUGGGCUUUUUUCCGGACUUUUCCAUCGAGACCUGGACUUUAAUAGCGUUUGUCAUUACUCUCAUCGCAGUAUAUGGAUAUGCUCCAUAUGGCUUUUUCAAGAAAAUAGGCAUCCGUGGACCCAAACCUUUGCCCUUUAUUGGAACAUUUUUGGAGUACAGAAAGGGCAUCCACAAUGUUGACAAAGACUGCUUUCAGAAAUAUGGAAAGGUGUGGGGGUUGUACGAUGGCAGGCAGCCUGUAUUGGGUAUAAUGGACACAGCUAUGAUCAAAACGAUCCUGGUUAAGGAGUGUUAUUCUGUCUUCACCAACAGACGAGAUCUGGGCCUAAAUGGACCCUUACGCGAUGCUGUAUCAAUAGUAGAAGAUGAGGAAUGGAAGAGGAUUCGCAGUGUACUCUCGCCAUCAUUCACCAGCGGACGACUGAAAGAGAUGUACAAGAUAAUUUUGCAGCACUCAAGUAACCUGAUGAAGAGUCUUCACAAGAAAGUAGAGGCGGAUGAAGUCAUAGAGGUUAAAGAAGUAUUUGGACCUUACAGUAUGGAUGUUGUGACCGGCACUGCCUUCAGCGUGGACAUUGAUUCCAUCAACCGUCCCACUGAUCCUUUUGUAGCAAACAUUAAGAGAAUGGUCAAGUUCAACUUGCUGAAUCCCUUGAUUGUAAUUGUGGUUCUCUUCCCAUUCUUGGCGCCAAUUUUGGAGAAGAUGGAUGUGUCAUUAUUCCCUACUCAAGUGUUGGAUUUCUUCUACAACUUUCUAAAGACAAUCAAAUCAUCCCGGAAUAAGAAUGAGCACAAAAACCGAGUGGACUUCAUGCAGUUGAUGGUGGACUCUCAGAUUUCAGAGAACAACAAAGAGGAUACAAGCUCCCAAAAAGGGCUGACUGACCAUGAGAUCCUAUCUCAGGCCAUGUUAUUCAUCUUUGCUGGCUAUGAAACCAGUAGCAGCUCACUGGGAUUUUUAGCCUACAACCUGGCAACCCACCCUCAGAUCCAAAAGACCCUGCAAGAGGAGAUUGAUGAAACCUUCCCAGAAAAGGGUCAGCCAACCUAUGAAGCCCUGAUGCAGAUGGAAUACCUGGACAUGGUGGUGAAUGAGUCAUCGAGGCUGUACCCUAUAGGUAAUCGAUUAGAGAGAGUGGCAAAGGCUUCUGUGGAAGUGAACGGUGUGACCAUCCCUAAAGGAACCGUCGUCAUGAUACCAGUUUACACUCUUCACCGUGACCCUGCUUUGUGGCCUGAGCCUGAGGCCUUCAAACCUGAAAGGUUCAGCAAAGAGAACAAAGAUAACAUAGAUCCGUAUGCCUUCCUACCCUUCGGAGCAGGGCCAAGGAACUGUAUUGGCAUGAGAUUUGCUCUCUUGAUGAUAAAGUUGGCCAUAGUGAAGAUCCUUCAGAACUUCAGCUUUGUCACAUGCAAGGAGACACAUGUUCCAAUGGAGCUGGGAAAAGAUGGAUUUACCUCACCCAAGAAUCCCAUCAAACUGAAGCUGGAGCCCAGAACAACUGUUGCCGAUUCUCUCUCAAGCUAACUCUGAUUAUCUGUAAUCUGGCAAUUCUCACUUUAACCUGCUUCACUAUCAGAUCAAGUCACCAGCUUAUGUUGGCUCGAGUACUUCUCAUAAAUGUAUAUAUAUCUAUAUCUAUAUCUAUAUAGAUAUAGAUAUAGAUAUAUUCUAAAACAAAAUACACAAACUAACCACUCACCUAUAGGCAUGUACACUGUAGCAUUUACUAGUCCAAAUGGAGCAUAUAUCAAUAGUCUAGGCUUCAUUUAUAUAAUUUAAGUUUCCUUUCUUUUUCAAACCAGUCUACAGCACAACAUUUCAAUUUAAAUCUAUUUAAAGGACAUAAUUUAAAUGACAGAACAUCUUGCAAAACUUGCAUAUUUUCAAUAAAGAAUUCAAUAACAUUUACUAUGCAUUACACAAUUGCAAUAAGAAAAACUGUAAAGCCUAUCCAACAACUUGGCUCAAUAAGCUUGGUUAUGCUAAAUAAACCACAGCUGAUGUUUUUAUGUCAUUCUGAUUUACUAACGCAGUUUAGUUUUUUUUUUCUCCAUGUAUUUUAACAGAUUUUAUAAUUUGUUGCGAUCUUUUUGAUAUCUUGAAUAUUAAAGAAUGCCGAUAUGCGGAAGUACCAUAUCUGUUCUAAAGCAACGAGGCAUGCUUUGCACAUGUGUUAACAGAAUAAAUUUGCAAUAUGUUACCACUAUA